UCUGCCCCAUUCAUCGUCAAAACGAUUCUAGCGGAGACCAGCUUAUAGAAUCAUAGUUUUUAUACAUUAUAACCAUUACGUUUAUAGUUGUAUAGGAGCAACAACGUCUUUAGUACAAUAUGGGACGAAGACCGGCAAGGUGUUAUCGCUAUUGCAAGAACAAACCAUACCCAAAAUCCAGGUUUUGCAGAGGUGUACCAGAUGCAAAAAUCAGGAUUUAUGAUAUGGGAUUGAAGGGAGCCGAUGUUGAUGACUUCCCUUAUGCUGUCCAUCUGGUUUCGGGUGAAUAUGAACAGAUAUCAUCGGAAGCACUCGAAGCUGCCCGUAUCUGUGCUAACAAAUUCAUGGUAAAAUCAGGUGGAAAAGAAUCUUUCCACAUCAGGAUUCGGGUACAUCCUUUCCACGUGCUGCGUAUUAACAAAAUGCUUUCGUGUGCUGGUGCCGAUAGAUUGCAAACUGGUAUGAGACGUGCUUUUGGCAAACCAAAUGGUGUUGUCGCUAGGGUAGACAUUGGUCAAAUUCUGAUCUCCGUAAGGACAAGGGAAGCUCUCGUGCCAAAAGCUGUUGAGGCUUUGCGUAGGGCAAAGUACAAAUUCCCAGGUAGACAAAAGAUAUUCAUCUCUAACAACUGGGGAUUUACCAAUUUCACGAGGGAAGAUUACUUGAAAUAUCAAUCCGAAGGUCGUCUUGAGAAUAAGGGUGUUCAUGUUAAGUGGAUAUCAUCACAUGGCCCACUUACUAAAGUUUUCCCACAGUUAGAAAAUGUGCACGUUCCUUUGGACAAGGAAAUCGUAUCUCCUUAGACACUUGUUAAUUUUGUCUAA